AUGACAGCGCUGACAGGCGGCAUACCGAGAAUGAUGCGACCAACUCCGCACCAAAACUACCCACGGGGAGGCUAUUCUCUAGAAGUCUCAACCCCGUUAGGACAGGGGCGAGUAAACCAGCUGGGUGGCGUCUUCAUAAACGGCAGACCUCUCCCCAACCACAUCCGUCACAAAAUCGUGGAGAUGGCCCAUCACGGCAUACGGCCCUGCGUCAUCUCGCGCCAGCUCCGAGUGUCCCACGGCUGCGUCUCCAAAAUCCUGUGCCGGUACCAGGAGACGGGCUCCAUCAGGCCGGGCGCUAUCGGAGGCAGCAAGCCCAAGCAAACGACAACUCCAGAUGUGGACAAGAAGAUCGAAGAGUACAAGAGGGAAAAUCCGGGGAUGUUCAGCUGGGAAAUAAGGGACAAGUUACUGAAGGAUGGGAUCUGCGACAGGAACAACGUCCCUUCAGUGAGCGCAAUCAGUCGCAUCAUGCGCUCUAAAUUCGGGGGAAAUGGUGAGGAUGAGGAAGAUGAUUAUGAACUGGAGAAGAGGGAAAUGGAGGAAAACGAACGACGGACCAAGCACAGCAUCGACGGUAUCCUAGGAGACAGAUCCAGCCACUCGGACGAGGGUUCAGAUGUGGACUCGGAGCCGGGCCUGCCGCUCAAGAGGAAGCAGCGCCGCAGUCGGACCACCUUCACAGCAGAGCAGCUGGAGGAGCUCGAGAGGGCCUUUGAACGCACGCACUACCCCGACAUCUACACACGGGAGGAGCUGGCUCAGAGGGCCAAACUCACAGAGGCCCGAGUACAGGUGUGGUUCAGCAACAGGAGAGCCCGGUGGAGGAAACAAGCGGGAGCCAAUCAGCUGAUGGCGUUUAACCACCUCAUCCCUGGCGGUUUCCCUCCAUCAGCCAUGACCGGCCUACAGCCCUACCAGCUGUCAGACAGCCCCUACCCUCCCACAUCCAUAACGCAGGCUGCAUCGGAACAGCUCGGUACGGUGCACAGGCCGCAGCCGCUCCCGCCAACCUCGGUGCACCAGAAUGGGAUCGGCUCGUCCACAGGGUCCCAAGAUGGAGGAUCGGCUUACUGUCUGUCCUCUGGGCGCCAUGGCUUCUCUGGCUACUCUGAAAGCUUUGUGGCCCCGUCGGGACACUCCAACACUGUAAACCCCACCAUCAAUAACAGCCUCUCACCACAGGUGAUGGGUCUGCUGAACCCAGGAGGAGUCCCCCACCAGCCCCAGAGUGACUUCGCUCUCUCCCCUCUGACUGGAGGCCUGGAGCCCAACGGCGGCAUGGCGGCCAGCUGUCACGGGUCCCAGCGCCGGGAGGCCCUACCAGGCCUGACUAGUAUGCCCGCCCUGCCGAGUUCCCAGUCCUACUGUCCGCCGACGUACAGCUCGCCCGCAUACGCUGUGGACCACCACCCGCCCUACCAAUACGGACAGUACACCCAGAACAAGGUGCCUUUCAUGAUAUGA